UCUCUCUCUGCCAUUCUGCCAAUAUCGCAGGGGAAAAAAACGCUUGGAUCACUCUACUUUCGUGAAAAAACUUUAGAGACACUGUGAAAAAAUUUCAUAUGUUAAAUAUAUUCAUUUGUUUUCCUACUAACAAUUGAUGCAAUUGAAACUCAAUAACAAUGCUUCUUAUUAUACACAAUCUACCUGCCGAUACCAGUUAUGCUGAUGUUAAAUCGCUGAUACAUUCAAAAUGCGGGCUCACUGAUGUGAUUUUAGAUAACCUUAUGUCUCAAGACAGUGCUGGUAAGAAGGUAACAGUUGGUGUUACUGAUGAACAUGACGCUGCUAUCAUUAUUGGAAAAAUCAACGGUAUCUUCAUCAAUGGACAUCAAUUGGUCGUUGAAAACCGACAAAAGAAGCCCGUUGAACCUGUUGAAUCGUUCAAUGCUCCAGCAGUUCCACCACUUAGGCAACCUAAGAUGUACACCAACAAUACAGCAAGCUAUGCAGCCCUGAAUCCAGUUGUUUGUCCUCCCGCUAACCAGAAUCCUGCACCCAUACUUACUCAGAAUCCAAAUAUGGGCUAUGGCUUCCCGCCUUUGAACACACCAAACAUGCCUUAUUACAUGUCGAAUCAGAAUCCCUAUACGGGUUACGGUACGCAGCCACAACAAGCACAAUCAUCGUACUCAUCACAGCAGGCUCCGAGAUACUCGUAUCAAAACCCCAAUAAACAAAUUUGUUCUAACAUGCCGAAUUAUCAGUCGAACAAGUCUGAUUUUCAGUCGAACACGACUGGAUAUCAGUCAGAUAAUAAAGGUUAUGUGUCAAACACGGCUGAUUAUCAGACUAACAUGUCUGGUUACCAAUCUAAACCGCCUGAUUAUAAGUCCAACAACUCUUAUCAGUCUAACAACCCUUAUCAGUUAAAUAUGCUUGGUUAUCAGACAAACACUGCUGGCAAUCAGUACAAUGCGCCUGGUAAUCAGUACAAUAUGCCCGGUAAUCAGUAUAAUACACCUGGUAAUCAGUACAAUAUGCCAGGUAAUCAGCACAAUACGACGAGUAAACCAUACAAUACGCCGAGCAUUCAGUACAAUACGCCGGGUAAUCAGCACAAUAUGACGAGUAAGCCAUACAAUACGCCGAGCAACCAGUACAAUACGCCUGGUAAUCAGCAUAAUACGUCUGGUAAUCGGUACAAUACGCCUAUUAAUCAGUACAAUAAGCUUGGUAAUCAGUCCAAAACGCCUGAUUAUCAGUCGGACACAAAAAAACCUGAUGCGGCUCAUUUGCGGAAAGACGAAUAUGACGUUGAAGAACGAAGUUGUAAUAACCAUUAUGACAAGUGGGAUUCUGAAAAUAAAAUGUCCCGCAAGCGCAAAUCUUCUGAAGAGCCUUCGACUUCCUUAGGGAAUACGAGAAACAGUCCACAGCAACACGGAAGCGGUUCAUCAAAUAAUUUUGGGUUGAACAAUAAGCCUGGCAGUUACACAAUUAAUAAUUCGCUCAGAGCUGGUGGUCAGUGUACGAAAAAUCCGAGAGACCAAAUGUUUGAUACCAAAAACUCCGGAUCCGGUAGUGGUUUAUCAAAUGUUGGUAUUGGCGCCUCCCAAGCUAAAGGCUCCAGUCCUAAAAGUGGGUCUAAAAAAAGGUCUCGUAAUAGACCAAAGAGACCUGAUCCUAAAGAUUCAGUAGCUAAUAAUCUUCGAUCUCCGAAGCCAGGCUUCAAAAACACUGCAAGCCCCGCUCUGAAAAGGCAUGCCAUAGAUCCGUGGCAGCACAAUCAUAAUGAGUCCAGGCCGGCCAAACGGCCUCGGCCCCCGAUACCAACGAGAUACACCAAGUUCUCGAAACGUCCCGGAAAGGCCCUUAACAAAUUGAAGAACGUCUUAGCGUCGGAUAACAAAAAACGGAACAUCGUUUCCAAAUAUAUUGUAUCCGAGAUUCUGAAAUCGAGUAGUAACGAACAAAUAAAAGCGGGCAGGCCGUUGCAGUUGUUGCACAAGUGCAUCCGCGCUCGCAUCGAAAUCGCGCUCGGCUGUUACGUCAGUGUUGACCCUCCGGAAAUAAUGGCUCUGUACAGAACCUUUUUUCAAGAGAGGCACGAUGAGCAGCUAUGCGAAGCGAUCGUAACUCGCGCCGCCAAUGAAGAUCCCGCAGAGGAAGAAAAAGCGUUACAGCCACGUUUUUAUAACCCGGUUCAAUUUGAAGUUUCAAGUCAAAAUUACAAUAUUGAUGAGGAAGAGGACCCUCAGGAGGAUCCAAGGAUAAGGUUGUUGCCCCCGUACCUCGGAGGAGAUAAGAAGCAGUUCAAAUUGAUGAAGAAGCAAAUGAAUCUGGAUUCGUACACGCCGUUCGAAGAGAUGUUCGAGGGUAGCGACAUACCGCGCCGGCUCGUCGAGGAGGAGGUCGCCGCCCUCGUCGAAGUGGUGAAGAGCGUAUACCGUAAUCCGACAACGGAGGCCGAAGAGAUUAUCUGCCGGUACUUGCACCACCAGAAGGUCGGCACGGACUCGUCGGAGCCCCGCCGCCGCCGCGGGACUGGGCCCCUCGAGCACAUCGAGAACACAUUAAGAUCGGAAGUGGCCAAGCGUCUGUUCAAUAUCUGCUCGAGACCAGCGGUGCGCAUCAUGGGCGCCGUCAACUCGACCAGGAAGCCCCUUGAGGAGUUCCUCCUGAACAAGGGCGUGGUGAGCCUGAAGAAGGCCGACCGGCAGCCGUUCUACGUGGCGCACAUGGACUCGUACCGCAGCCUCGACAAGCUGCUAGAGUUCCAGAAGGUCUCCAUAUGCGGUCGACCCAUCAAAUUUAUGCCGCUACACGUCACCCAGAAGCCGAAACUAUCGAAGAGCUUAAGAGCGGAGCUUCAAAAGAAGCAAACACUCUCACAAACGCAGCCGAGCACCUCACAACCCGCCGCAGUCUUCAAGAAGCCAGCGGACGUAAGGAAGCCACCGCCCGGUCCCUCCAAACCGAAAAGCUCACCGAAAAAGAAAUCGAAAGCUCAGACUAAUGUCAAUAAGGCGUCACAGAAUAAUGUCGCUAAUGUCAAUAAGGCGUCACAGAGUAAUGUCGCUAAUGUCAAUAAGGCGUCACAGAGUAAUGUCGCAGCGGCUUCGCCUAAUGAGACGAAAGCACAACACAAUCUUCCACGAGGCACCUCCAACAAUACCCUCAAAGCAGACCUGGACUCCAAUAUUGUUGAGAAAAAUCCAACAGUAGGAGGUCAGGAGGCUCAAGGUGCCGGUAGUAAGACUGAGACGACUCCAAUUAGCACUGUACAGCUUGUAGAGGGAACUACAGAAGCGAACAAAGCGCAAACUCAUCCAAACACUACCGUUGUCGACGGUGAGAGCAAGGUGGUCCCCAACGACAUCAGCUGUAAAGUGGAAGAGUCUCCCGUGAAGGUCAGUCCCAGCGCUGGAGACAUAGAGCCUCCGAUCAAAACCGAAAUCAAAAUUGACGACAAAACUCGUCCAAGCGUCACGGCCGAGCAGAACGAACUGGUCGCGACCCGGGACAGCGACAAGACUAAACGCGAGAGCGACUGGGACGAUUAUAUGAAUAUGGAAGACGCCGACGAUAUCGAGGUCGACGAUGACGAUCUCGAAGAUUACUGAUGAAUUAAGGGAUAGCUGCGUCGCGAUUCGAACCAGUUUGUAAGUUUAUAUCUAGUUGUUUGUGAUUGUGCAGUGUAAGGCGAGCCCGUUGUCGACCACAGGUGCAAGUUUCAACGUUGUAUGAACUUUAAGGCCGUAUGUAUCGUACGAAGAGUUAAUGCAUAUGAUAAUAUCAGAUGCUCCGCUUGUGUAAUUUAGCCCUAAGAGUCGAAUUGCCAGAGCAAUUGUAAAAUUUUGUCUAAACAUGUUGCAGUAAACAUUUUGUGAAUUGAUCAAUUAUUUAAUUGCAUUUGAUCAAUUUAUGUAUUAUAAUUUCAAAAUGAAUUAAGAUUGUUUUAUUCUAAUGAGUACAGCUACUAAAGCUCAUGCAAUGAGGUGGUAUGAAGCAUAUUUAUGUAUAAAUCACUCAUAUUUCGAAAGGUUUGCUGCAUUAAAAGUAUUUAACUUUUUAAUAAAAAUAAUUGUUUAAAUUUACAUAUGUGCACAUUACCCCUCUCCGUAAGUAAUUAGUUGCAGUUUUAACUACCAAUUAUAUGGUAUAAAGUUAUUACAUCAUACUAAUAGGUUUUACAAAUCGUUGUUAUGUAGUAUUAUGUACACUGACCACUGACCUGAAUUUUAUACCAUUUCAGUGUUUUUGACAUUGAAUAUCAUAUCAGAGGGAGUCACUCGAGCGAACUAUUCAGGUACAUUCUUCAUAAAUUUCAUUUCGCAAAGGGAUUAAGAAUAUUUACAACAUGUGUUUUAAACACAAUAUAUACAGCACAUAAUUUUAACUUAUUUAUUGACAAGUUUAAAAUACUUUCUUACAGCCAUAAAAUAUUCCUUAGAAUUAUUUACAACAUAUAAUCUCCGUCAUCACAGUAACAAUCUUGUCUUGGCUCAUUUGCUCUCCAGUUGAGAGAUUACAACCAACAAUGUCCAAUGCAUUGAGUACGCCUUUACUUUCACAACAGUGUUUUAAGUUGAUUUAAAAAAUAAAAAAAAUUCAUGAUUGACA